AUGUCUAAAGCUUAUAAACAUUAUUUCACACCAAGAAAGUUCCCUCUGUCUCACCCUCUCACACUUUCUUAUACUUUCUUAUACUGUUUCUUUCUCCCGUUUUUGCUUUAUUGUGUUAAUGAGACAGGUUCAGAAGUGAAAGAUUUGCAAACAGUUUUAAAUGAAUCAUGUUCUGAUGAUGGAACACUUCUUCACCUUGCUACAAUGCUGGGAGAGGCUGACAUUGUACGCACUUUGCUCUCUGCUGGUGCAGAUCCUGGCAUACACAACAAAAAUCAACGAAUCCCUCUGGACCUUGCUGAGUCAGAUAAAGUGAAAAUUGUCUUCAAUGAAGAACUUCUGCAAGCCACUGCACAUUCCAAUAUGGGGCGUGUCUGCCAGCUCUUGGCUUCUGGACUUGAUGUAAACCUGAAGGACAGCAGUGAAAGCCAAAACACACCUUUACAUUGGGCUUCUUGUUAUGCCUCACGUGACAUGAUACAAUGUCUCUGCUUGCGUGGUGCUGAUGUUAAUGCAGUCAACAUGGACGGUUGCACUCCACUUCAUGAGGCUGUCUCAAGAGGGAACAUUGAGAUUGUGGAAGAACUGCUAAUCCAUAAAGCUGAUCCAACACUAAAGAUUAAAAGAGGAGACAAUAUAGGCAAAUCCGCUCUUGAUCUUGCAGAUCGUAAUGCAAUUCUACUCAGCCUCUUGCAGAACCCUCCAACUAAACUUAGUAAAAAGCUAUUCCAAGACAUUCUUACUGAAGACUUUGCCUUAUCAGAAUCAGUCAUUCAAAAUAGUGUGACAAAUGCAACAGAAAUAAUUGAUACAGUAACUGAAUCUCCCUUAUUAGAAUAUCCUGUUGUCAGUAUACCUCCUACAUCUUCAGGAAGUAAAAUACAAGAACUAUCCAACCAAAUUAAAGAAUUAGAAUGUCUACCGAUGUUUCCAAAGACUGUGGUGACAGAGGAACAACUGUCCCUAUUGUGGCCUCGACCACAGUCUAUUGUCCAGAAAGAAGGGAACCAUUUUAUCCCAGAUGAUGUCCUCCACAUAUAUCUGUCAACUAUGUCAGAUAUUAGCAUACAUUCUGUGGCUCAAGUGUGGAACUGUCGAAAGUUCAUGUUCACAUCCAUGGGCAUCGAAACAAUCAUUAAUUUACAGUCACCAGCAUAUGAGUACAACACCACCUGUAUCCUAUGUCAUGUUAGCAGCCGACUGUGUGUGGAGAAAGCCAGCUACAAAAUCAUCAUCCAGACUUUUCAGGUCAAAAUCCUGGCUCAUGAUAUCCAAAGUCUUUCUUAUGCAAUUAUUACAUUAAGCCAGUUGUUCAAUUUAUACAAAACAGAAUCAGGCAUCAGUAUCCCAUUAUUAGAAAUUACAGAUUCACCAUCGCUGCCUUACAGAGGAGUUCUACUUGAUGUAUCUAAAGGACGUGUACCUAAUAUAGAAACUCUGAAAAACAUGCUUGACAAUAUUGCUUUCAUGAAGUUUAAUCAGAUACAUUUGUACACUCGAUUCCGGUAUCAGACCAGUUCAACAUGGCAGUUGUGCUACAGCUGUAGUGAGCUGUUGGAGAUUGAUAAGUUCUGCAUGGAUCGAGGCAUGCAAUUGAUUCCAGCAGUUGAUGUUCAUCCGUCUGUCCAAUUUGAAGAUUUGCCAUUCUUGCAAUGUGUAUUUUAUGACUACAUCUCACAUUUUACUAAUUCAGACUUUAUUAAUGUAGGAUCCCGUCUUACUAGUUUUCUCUUGGAAUAUCCUGAUGAUGACACUUUGAGCAUUGCAGAUGCUAGCAAAUUUCUUCCAAUAAAAGACAAGACUUUGUUGAUAAGUGGCUCAACUCUCCAUGAUGUAAAACAACAUUUGAUACAACGACUACCACCACACUUAAUGUUUGGUGAGUAUGGAACACAGGCCACCCAUAAUUUUGUGCCCCACUGCAAGCGCCUUUCUGAAUAUGGGUUUGGUUUCUUCAUCUGUCCAGGCACUGCAGCCUGGAACAGUCUGGCUGGCUUCCCAGAGGCAGCUGUUGCCAAUAUAUUUAAUGCUGCAAAGUGUGCCUCAAGCCAGUCAGGCCUUGGUCUAUUGGUAUGCCAUUGGUCUGGUAGCAGCUUCCUCACUCACUCGCCAUUUUGUUGGCCUGGUUUUGUCGUCACUGCUGGCCUCGCCUGGAACAAGGAUAUACACUGGGAGUUUCUUCACAGCCAUCUGGCAGAACUUAUGAACAAACAUAUAUUUCGUGAUGAUUCUUCUGUUUUUGGACAAGUUAUCAUUGAGUUGGGAAGAAUUGAGACCUACAUCUAUCGAUGUUCCCAAAAGAAACCAGAUGAUGACCAAACCUCUCUUCCUUGUGAAAAUGGCUCCACUCUUACUAGUUUCCUUAUACGACCUGAUGAAACAAGAUUAGAAGACUUAACAUCAGAUAUUCUACAGCGAGCCAACCGCCUUCUACGGAAGCACCAAUCUGAUGUAACAAGCAUCCAAUUGAAUUGCCCACAAUCAAAGGAAAUCAUUUCUGAGGUGCUUCUCACAACAGAUAUGAUGAUCCUGGCAGUACGGAUUGGACGCGCUAUGGUGACUGCUGGUCGCAACCCUGAUCCCUUGUCUGGCUUGCGUAUAGUAAAUCUUGGAAUCACAAACUUGACUGCUACUGGAAAAACAGAUCUUGCUAACAGACUGCUGGAACUGAUUGAGAACUUUCGUACGAGUUGGAAACGAAGAUACCUUGCAAAAUUUGGUUUACUGGAAGCCACAAAUUGCUUACAGAAUGUGCUGACGCAAUUAGUACCAAAUGAAGACACAGAGAAAUUUUCUUCUUCUAUUAUAGGGUAAAGGAUUGAUUGAAAAGACUCUAAAUUAUUGCUGGGACCAAUACUUUAUAUUUUUGUCUUUGUAUCUCUUUCCUUAUCUCUAUCAUCCUACACUAAUAGCUAGGGACUUCUGUGACUAUAAACCUCACAUUUUUUGUGUUUCUAUCUAAACUAUAUUUCUAUCACAACUGUCACUAAAAUAUAUUGGCUAGUGACAGACUGGCUACGUUUGUAUAAAUUGGAUCAGAAAUGCCUGUGUUGAUGUGUUGUGAGAUAAACGAUCAACACUUCUCUGUUAACCUCACCAUCAUUAACCUCUUAUAUUUAUAUUUCCAAAAAUAUUUUGAUCAGAUAUUUUGAUCUGUUGAAUAAGCUGAUAGUCAUGUGAUAUGAAAUGUAGCACAGAUUAAAAGAAUGUGAGAAAAAAAAAGCUUCAUACUACUUUUAAUUCAUCUCAAAAAAUAAACUUUAGUUUUUGAAUAUCAUUUAUUAAUGGGGUUUCAUAUGGGACAAUUGUUAUUUGCAGAGAUUCAUUCUUAUUUAUUAUUUUCAUUUUGGGAAAUAUCUUAAGAUUAUUUUGUUAUAAUUUUCAGAUUGUUUUUAUUUUAAAGUUUAUUUAUUUUUCUGUGAUGCAUUCUUGUAAUUGUACGUCCUUGACCACAAGCUUUAUAUUUUUAUUUUCUGCUCAUAUAUAUUUCUGUGAUCUGCUGUUUCAUUUGGUUGGUUAAAUACAAAGGUUUAUUUUUAAAUUAUU